AUGGGUUCACCAUCAUUUCCGCAGAGGUUUGUAGAGCAGCAAGUUUCCCUUUGGUCGCACAUUUCGGAUAUCCUCGCAAAGCAGCUCAGAAUAUCCUCUCGUCUUGGCGGCUAUAAUUUUUCUUGUCCGAGGACUUCGAUGCUUCUGAUGUUUUCAGGUAUAUUAAUCGAUUUCUCCACGCAAUGCUAA